AUGAUUUUAUUGUUCGUUUUACAAUUUUAUUCUUUAAUAUUAGUACAAUCAAAAUUCUAUGAAACAGAUCGAAAAGAUUCAAAUAAUUUUUUAAAAACAAAAAUUUCUUUUGAAAAUACAUAUGAACAAUCAAAAGAAAUAAUUGAAACAAAACGUGAAUCAUGUCGUGAUGAAUAUCAACAACAACAAAAAAUCUAUCGACGUCAUCAUAUAUUAUCUUCAGCUUGUCAACAAUAUUGUACAGAAACAAUGGAUUGUCAACAAGAGAAUGAACAAUCAGCUUGUAUUAAUCCAUUAUAUCCAUCAUGGCCAUUAAGAACAAUAAAAUUUACAAAAAAAUUUCAACGUAUUUGUUAUAUAAGAAUUACAGAAAUUGUACGAUAUGAUCAAGCUGAACAAAUAUGUCAACAAUAUGGAUUACAAUUAGCUAUUAUUGAUAAUAUUCUUUUACUUGAACAACUAAAACAAAUGAAUAUGUUUAAUACAACAUGUAAAGGACAAUGUCCACGAGCAAGAGGUUAUUAUAUUGGAUUAAAACGAUAUACAGAUGAAAAUGGUUUAUCAUUAUCGAAAUGGAUUUGGUCUAAUAAUAUUACAUGGAUACAAAAUGAAACAAAUUGUGAUGAUGAAUAUUUUGAAACAUCGUUUGCUAAUUCAACUUUUUUAUGUUACAUGGAUUCAGAUGGACAAAAGAAAGUUACAGUAUGGAAUAGAGGUGAACCAGAUAAUCGUCCAUAUAGUGAAUUUCAAAAAGAUGAACAAUGUGUAGAAAUUAUUGCACGUUCAGAUAAUAAUGGUUCAUAUGAAGAAAUAGGAAAAUUAAAUGAUAUUGCAUGUAUUAAACCAACAUUAGGUGUUAUAUGUCAAAUGGACGAUCUUAAACCAAUUAAUAAAACACGAUUUAAAUAUUUUGCAAAAAUUAUUGGAUUUAAUGAAACUGAAAAUGAUGAAAAUGAAUUAUUAAAUGAAUUUUUAUUAAAUUUUAAGGAUUAUCUUAUAACUGAUUUAGAUUCUAUGUCAGUAAUGACUGCUGCAAUUGAAAAAUUACUUAUUAUACCUUCAUUUACAAUCGAACAAGCAAAUAAUAUCUUAAAUAUUAUCAAUCGACUUGUUAAUAUUACAGGACAAAUUGAAGUUGAGAAUGAUUCAUUGAAAAUAAUAACUAAUAAAUUACUUAAUUUUCUUGAUUUAUUCCCAGCAAAAAUUCAAAUUGACAAUAAUGAUAAAAAAACUUUAUUUCAAUAUAAUAAUAUAAACACAUCUGUAAUAAAUAUAAAUUUUGAUCAAUGGCAACAAAAUAAUAAGGAAAAUGAAUGGUUUAAUGUAACAUCGGAAAAUUCAGAUCAUUAUCCGAAUAUUAUUGUUCAAUUGAAUAUGCGAAUAUUACGAACACAAUUACAAUCAUCUGAUAAUUAUCGUAUAAUUAAAAUUAUAUUUUCAAAUUUUAAUUUAUUUCCACAAAUAAAUAAAACUAAUCAAACAAAUAUAAAUAGUAAUCAAUUGAUUGGAAUACCAAUAUCUUAUCAAAUAGUUAAUUGGACAAAUAUGAAAACAGAUAAUGAUAUUGUAAAAUUUCAAAUACAUAUAACUGAAUCUAUUCAAUCACGUAAUAUCUCAUGUGUUUAUUGGUCAUUUGAUGAAAAUAAUGGUUCAUGGAUAGCAGAUAAUGGAUGUCGUUUCAUUGGAUAUAUUGAUGAUUAUGCUCAAUGUUCUUGUAAUCAUCUGACGCAUUAUGCAUUACGUUUGUUACCUGAAUCAGAACCAGUGAUAGAAUCUUUAUCAACUACUGAAGAAUUUAUAUUGACAUUUGUAACAUAUAUUGGUAUUGCUUUAUGCAUGUUUAGUCUUAUCAUAAUAUUAAUUACAUAUGCACUUUUUCGAUAUUCACAAAAAAAUCGUCUUCAUGCAUCAUUAUUUAUGCUUUGUUUAUCAAUAUUAUUUGUUAAUUGUCUUUAUAUAUUAUUUAAUCUUGCAAAACAAAAUUAUUAUUGUAAUAUAUUUGGUUUUUUAUUACAUUAUUUUUUAUUAACAACAUUUAUGUGGAUAUUGAUUAUAACAUUUAUUCAAUAUAUGCAUUUUGUUCAAAUAUUUGAUUCAUAUAUUUCAAAUUUUUUUAUUAAAUCUACUAUUAUUGGAUGGAUUAUACCAAUAAUUUUUCCUUGUUUAGUUUUAUUCAUAGGUAAAAAUGGUGGUUAUAUAGAAGAAUAUCAAUGUUGGAUUAAUAAUGAAAUUUUAAUUUAUGUGACUUUUCUUACACCAAUAUCAACUAUGAUUUUAUGUAAUUUAAUAAUUUUCAUAUUUAUAUUGAUAAGUAUUUGUCGACAUGAUUCUAUAAAUCAAAAUAAUCGAUCAACAUUACAAAUAGGCUUAACAAUUUGUUGUUUUAUAUUAAUUAUUUGUACAUGGUUAUUUGGUAUAUUAGUACUUAUUCGAUCAAUAUUUAUAUAUGAAUUGAUUUUUUGUAUAUGUAAUACAUUUCAAGGUUUUUUUCUAUUUCUUUUUCAUGUUUAUUUAACAAAACCAAAACAAGAUUUAUGGCAAACAUUUUUUAUUCCACGUGGAUUUCAUCAACGUUCUCAUUUAUCUACUAAUCAUACACAACCUAUAACAAUAAGUAAAUCAAGUACAGACAAUAUGACUAGUUUAACACGUCCAAUUCAACUUCAUAUUACGCCAAAAUCAUCAAUUGAUAUUAAGACAAAAGAAAUAUCAAGUGCAAUAAAUCCAACAUUUAUAGAUCAUAAUGAAAAUAAUAUAUCAAGUAAAGAUUCAAUACAAACAAAUCGUGUUUAUAUACAACCAAAUCUUCUUUCGGAAAGAAUACGAAAAACUAAAAUCCAUAUGAUUAGUGAUGUUUAA